CCUAAAUAAAUUAUGAGAGGGGGAGCGAUGGAAGGCGCGGUGGCAGCUGCGGAUCAAUCGCUCGAUCCUGCCGCUGUUCCAUCGGCCUACUCUUCCUUCUCGAAUCUGCCGCUGGUAGCAGCCUUCGUUUCGUUCGUGGCCGCGCAAUCGCUCAAGAUCGUCACCACCUGGUACAAGGAGAAGCGGUGGGAUUUGAAGAGAAUGGCUGGAUCGGGGGGAAUGCCGUCGUCGCAUUCCGCCACUGUGAUCGGGCUCACUGUUGCGAUUGGGCUCCGGGACGGCACUGGAGGAUCUCUCUUUGCGAUUGCGCUGGUCUUGGCGAGCAUAGUUAUGUACGAUGCGUCUAGUGUCAGGUUUCAUGCUGGGAGGCAAGCCGAGGUGUUGAACCAGAUAGUGUUUGAGCUACCACCGGAGCAUCCUUUGGCAGACUCUAGACCCUUGAGAGAGCCUCUUGGACAUACUCCACCACAGGUUGCUGCCGGUGCUGCUCUUGGGUGCAUCAUCGCCUACAUCUUGUACUUGAUAUCCUUACUGGGAGUUUGAUCGGUGGUAUAUAUUGUUAAGCUUCUGAUUACGAGUGGAUCUGUGCUAACGUGAUACCAAUUUUCACGUAGCGAGGUCUGCGAGAAUCUCAGCUGAUUCAGGUACUUGUAAAACGAUUGCCUUUUAAUGGAUCUGCGUGUUUUAUUUU